GCCAAAUCGGCAUUCGGAGAGAGGAACGACUUACGAAGACCUUGGCAGAAUAACUCAGAGCUAUGGCGGAAGGCCACCCCAGAAGACUUCUCGAGCUGCCGCUAGAGGACAAGCUGAGCCACAAGUCUGGAAAGCCCGUAUGAUGGGCUACGAAGAAGCUGCUAAACUAUUCAGACGAAUCGACGACGAGAAAAGCUCAGAGUACACAAGUUCAUCCGGAUGAUCAAAAAAUGUGUGUGUGAGACUAACGCGAUGCCCAGGAGAAGGCUCUCGGAGCCACUCUGGCUUUUGUAGAGUGUGCUGCUAUUGCUGAUAGGACCUGUGAAGCAGUGGUGGCUGGAAUAGUGACAAAGUGUCUCAACGCCAGACCCAAGACGAAACAAGGCGGAUUGACGUCUGUCUCAUGUACACCGAAAUGGAACAACAAGCUGUCGUCCAGGAAGAGAUAACAAAAGGACUAACAAACAAGCAACCUAAGAUUGUCACAGCUUGUGUCUUUGUCCUAAGAACGAUGCUUACGCAAACGACUAGCAGUAGAGGUGUAUCGGUGAUGGGUCCACCCCAUCAGAGGCAUCCUCGACAAUCGCUCAACCGUACAGAUGAAGGACUGGACGGCGAGUGGGCAGAGUGUCUGACCAGCAGUUCCAAACCGCCGCCAUCAUGA